AUGAAACCCAAAACUCUCUCUAAGUCCACCAUUGAAGCCACCACCACCAAAAAUUUAUAUGAUCGUGAAUUCGCCGAAAGCUUGCAGUCUGAAUAUUCAAAUAUUGGAGUCACUGAGCUGAUUUUUUCAAAUGGAAUGCGUGUCUACUAUAUGCACACAGACUUCCUUGAAGACCAGGUUUUGUUCACAGGAUACGCAUACAGGGGUUUAUCUGAACUUCCAGAAAGCGAAUACUUUUCAUGUUCAAUGAGUUCCACCAUUGCUGGAGAAAUUCGUAUUUCAAGUGACACCUUUAUAAAAAAAAAUGGCCUUUAUAAAAAAAAUGGCCUCAUUUCCUCCCAUGAGGCCAUUUUUUUUAUAAAGGUAGGAGAUUUUGGACUAUCAAAGAUGAAGCACAACACUUUGGUUUCAGGUGGAGUUAGGGGCACCCUGCCAUGGAUGGCUCCUGAGCUGCUAAAUGGUAGCAACAAUAAAGUAUCUGACAAAGUUGAUGUGGUCUCCUUUGGAAUUGUGUUUUAUAGAAACAAGAUGCAGGAAGUUUUUGAAUGCUUGGAGAUUCCCAACAUGUUGAAGAGGGCUCAAGAAGUUGAGCAAGAUUCAUCUUGUUUCCUACCUGAUAAAGAUAUAGUCCUUGUGGAUGAGGCAUAUUCGAAUGUUAGGGUACAACUUGAUAGUCAACCAGAAGGGGCUCAUAGUGGCUUUGGUUUAGGUCGUGAGUUUCUUAGACAUACUGAAAGAUGUUCAGAUUUGCUUAUUAAGUUGAAUCUCCAACCUGAUACAAAAGGCUCUUAUGUGGAAGUUCUAGAAAGGUGUGUCAACUUGUUCAGUUGGGAUGUGGACUGA